AUGAUGUUGGGUCGAAUACUUGACCCGAGAUCCAAACUGGUUCAAGAAUGGAACAGAAUCUUUCUUCUCGUGUGCGCGACGGGGCUUUUCGUGGACCCACUUUUUCUCUACACCAUCUCGGUAAACGACGCGUGUAUGUGUCUGCUCCUCGAUGGUUGGCUCGCUCUCACCGUCACUGCCUUACGCUCCAUGACCGAUCUUUUGCACUUAUGGAACAUUUGGAUUCAGUUCAAGAUUGCUCGCCGGUGGCCUUAUCCCGGCGGAGAUAGCGACGGCGAUAUUAACAAAGGAGAUGGGACACGUGUCCGUACGAAAGUUGCUUCACCUUACGUUAAGAAGAGAGGGCUCUUCUUCGAUCUCUUCGUCAUCUUACCACUACCUCAGGUGGUGUUGUGGGUGGUGAUACCUUCUCUUCUAAAGAGAGGCUAUGUGACUUUGGUGGUGUCAAUCUUGCUUUUAACAUUCCUCUUCCAAUAUCUACCGAAGAUCUACCACUCCAUUCGCCAUCUCCGUCAAAAUGCUACACUGUCAGGUUACAUUUUCGGCACCGUCUGGUGGGGAAUUGCACUCAACAUGGUCGCUUAUUUCGUCGCCGCAAAUGCAGCAGGAGCAUGUUGGUACUUGCUAGGGGUCCAAAGAUCAGCGAAGUGUCUUAAAGAACAAUGUGAAAACACAAUGGGAUGCGACCUAAGGAUGUUGUCAUGUAAGGAACCAGUUUACUAUGGCACUACCGAGAUGGUCCUUGACAGGGCUAGACUGGCUUGGGCGCGAAACCAGCAAGCACGAUCCGUUUGCUUAGAUAUCAACACCAACUACACAUAUGGUGCUUAUCAGUGGACCAUUCAACUUGUGAGCAAUGAAAGCCGGCUGGAGAAAAUCCUUUUCCCUAUCUUUUGGGGUCUCAUGACUCUCAGUACAUUUGGGAACUUGGAGAGCACAACAGAAUGGUCAGAGGUUGUCUUUAAUAUAAUAGUUCUAACAAGUGGUCUACUUCUCGUUACCAUGUUGAUCGGUAACAUAAAGGUGUUUUUGCAUGCAACAACUUCAAAGAAACAAGCAAUGCACCUGAAAAUGAGGAACAUAGAGUGGUGGAUGAAGAAGAGACAUUUACCAUUAGGGUUUAGGCAACGAGUCCGCAAUUACGAGAGGCAGAGAUGGGCCGCUAUGCGCGGUGUAGACGAGUGUGAGAUGGUUCAAAACCUUCCAGAAGGUCUUAGGAGAGAUAUCAAGUACCAUCUUUGUUUAGACUUAGUCCGACAGGUUCCAUUGUUUCAGCAUAUGGAUGAUUUGGUGCUUGAGAAUAUAUGCGACCGAGUGAAGUCUCUCAUUUUCACAAAAGGAGAAACCAUCCAGAAAGAAGGAGAUGCCGUGCAAAGAAUGUUGUUCGUAGUGAGAGGUCAUCUUCAGAGUAGUCAGUUACUAAGAGACGGAGUCAAAAGCUGUUGCAUGUUAGGUCCAGGUAACUUUAGCGGUGAUGAGCUUCUCUCAUGGUGUCUUCGACGACCAUUUGUGGAGAGGCUACCGUCGUCUUCCUCAACACUUGUAACGCUCGAGACCACCGAAGCAUUUGGACUCGACGCUCGAGACGUUAAAUACGUGACUCAACAUUUCCGUUACACUUUUGUCAACGAGAAAGUCAAACGCAGUGCCCGAUAUUAUUCUCCUGGGUGGAGAACUUGGGCCGCGGUUGCGGUUCAGCUCGCUUGGAGGAGGUACAAGCAUAGGUUAACUUUGACGUCACUAUCGUUCAUAAGGCCGAGGAGACCAUUGUCGAGAUGUGCAUCACUAGGAGAAGAUAAAUUGAGGCUCUAUACAGCCAUUUUAACCUCUCCUAAACCCAACCCUGACGAUUUCGAUGAUUAUUAAUUGAUACUAUUUUAUUCUAUCGAUCUACUAUAUAUUAUGUUCGACUUCAAUAAUUGUAUUAUAUUAUCAUGCAUAUGAGAUAUGACAUGGAAAAGGAAAAACCAGAUAGUAAUCUGCAUUAAUAAGUGAAAAAUUAAAAAAGAACUCCAAAAUGCAAU